AUGUCUCACCACAGUGCAAGUGGGCAGGCCGUCCUUACAGCUAGCCGAAAUCAAGAUUGUCGUUUCAAACUUCCCGGAUAUGGCCGCCCAUUGGACUACUUCCCCGUGGAAAAGAACAUAUAUGGCAUUGAAAGCCGUAGCAUGUUUCCAUCUGCACUCGAUGAUAGAGAUAUCGACAAUAGAUACGCCGAGCUUCCUGUGCAGACCCUUCGAGAAAUGGCUAUGGUGAAGGAAAUGGAGGAUAUAACUGAUAUUCCCGAGUGGUGGAAGAAGAUUCACGAUCCCAACACCGCACAACAGUGGAAGAAAAUGGCACGCAACAGCGGCGCAGACAUCACCGAAAACAUGGCUGGGUGGAUCAUCGAAGAGCUCAAAUUCAAAGCCAUGGUUUACAAAAUGAACGAAGCUGUAUCACUCUACAAUGGAGACGUCACAAAAUCCGACACAAACAUCCCCAGCUCCCUCAUUGAGGAAUUGAAAAAUGCAAGCCGGAUCCUAACAUACCAGGAUGAGGAGCUGCAAUUCUACCAUCCCGGCUCUCUCUCCCAGCAGCGCGAUCUCCUUGCCAUGGCUCUCUACCCACUCAUCUACGGAAAAAGCCGCAUCCUCCCAGACAAACUCAUCGGUCUUGACGACGCCCUGCACUACGCCGGACAAGGUGAAACCAUCCCCAUGCCCAAUGAAACGGGCAUAACCCGCGAGGAUAUCGCAUGGCGCGUCUCCUCACGCGCAGACAUCUCCGUCCGCCCAUAUAGCAGAACUUACCAGAUCUUGCCAUCAGACUGGGAAUUCGGUGACGAUGGCCGCUGGCAUAUCGCCACGUACAUCAACAACCUGCACCCGGUGAAACAUCGCGAUAUAUAUAACGUCAUCGAAAAGGCAUUCAACUGUAUUAUUUCGCAGUGGAAUAUGACUAUGACUCCGCUGAAGGAUAUGUUGCAUUCCCGUGCACGAAUCGAGUACAACAAGGCUGAGUAUUAUCCCGUCCCGAAGGAGGUUCUCGACCAGGCGCCUAAGAUUCAAGAUCGGGAGGCUCAAAGUGAGUUCGAUGAGCGCUUUGAGAAGUGGAGGAUGGAGCAUUACCGUGCUGUCCAGCCUGACGUUGAUCGGUUUGUUCCUUGGGCUGUGCCACAAUGUAUGAUGUCUCAGUUGCCGGAUGAUCUUCCUUCCACCGUGCGGAUUGAGCAGAGCGUCAAUCUGAAUAAGCACUACAAAGAUCGUGGCUUGCAAGUGAUCACGCGUCUGAUGUCCGUGGAUUUGACGCCGGAAUCCCCUUACUACGACACAGAAUGGCAUGUGGAGGGACAGAUGAACGAACACAUCUGCGCCGCAGCAUUCCUCUUCUUCGAAUACGAGAACAUGGAAGAAGCCUCCAUGCAAUUCCGCAACAUAGUCGACACAGACAUGCUCAACGAAGUCGAACACGAACCUGGCGACUUCAUCUGGCUGAAACAAGUUUUCGGAUUUGAUGACGGUGAACCAGCCGUCCAGUGCACGGGUUCAAUUCGGUGUCCAACCGGCCGUGUAAUCAUAUUCCCUAGCACAGUACAGCACCGGAUGACGAAUUUUGAACUGAAAGACAAGACAAAGCCUGGUUCUAAUCGGUGUCUUGUGUUUUACCUCGUUGAUCCUAACAUCCGAAUCAUUUCUACAGCUAAUAUCCCUCCUCAGCGAUUUGACUGGACACUCGAGACUGAGCAGGGGGAGGGAGACGAUCUGACUUCUGCUAUAGCAAAAUUGGCGCUGGCGAAUAAGGAUAAGAAGGGAGAUAUGCCUAUGACACUCACUGAGGCUUUGGAACAUAGGUAUAAGUUCCUGGAAGAGUUGGUUGAGUUUAUGCGGUAUCAACAUGUUGCGUUUGAGUCGAGGGUUCUAAUGUUGUAG